CUGUAUCCGUGUGCCUUUUUUUCAAAAAAGAUGUCCCUCCCAGACAGAGAGAAAUUAUGACAUCGAGAACCGGGAGCUCUUGGCUGUGAAGCUGGCAUUGGAGGAGUGGGGACACUGGCCCGAGGGGGCCAAACACCCGUUCGUCGUCCUCACGGAUCAUAAGAAUCUUGAGUGCCUGCAGACGGCGAAGUGACUCAAUCCCCGACAAGCCAGACCGGUAUCCCAGUGAGUCCGGUCCAAGGCGUGAGUCCAAGCAGAGUUCCGCCGCCACGGCUCCAGCCUGCCUCUGGAAGGGGGCUCUGAUGGGACUGCUACUUGCACUCUUCACCCUGGUGUGGAUCCACCCCCCAGGCUGGGCUGAUGACAGAUGCUCCAGGUUAAGGCACCUGGAAAACGGACGGACCUUUUUCCGGUAUGGAGGUCUCUAUGUGACGUUCACCUGCAACCCAGGCUUUAAGAUCCAUGGGUAUAGAACCAACAGCUGCGUGUCAGGCCGCUGGUCUCGGGACCCCCCAGUUUGUGUAGCGUCCGGAUGUCCUGACCCCGGGCAGCCUCUGCAUGGCAGCAGUGCCCUCACUGUGGACCGCUCCUUUGCGGUCUUUGCAUGUGACCAGGGCUACAGGCUCUUUGGCUCCCCACUUCUAUAUUGCCGGGGAAGGGCCUGGAACAGCACCAGACCCGUAUGCAAAGAAUCAGAUGUGAUGGCUUCAGAAAAAUACAAGCACCUCAACUUGCUAAGGACCAAGAUUGGGCAGAACGUCAGAGCUCCCUCAGGACCGAAGAACCUCUUGUGGUUCCAAUAUAACCACAUCACCAGCACCAUUUCCAAAGAUGUGUUCCUCAAACCUGAGCCGCUGGACAAGGGGCCUCUUGGAAACUCUCGCCACAAACCUCACCUUCAAGGAGAAGCCCUGAAGGAAUUGAAAAGAAUUUCAGUAGAGAAAAAGCCUCCUGUGAAACAUUGGUCCAACCAAGCUAAAGAGGCUAUGAUGGGGUGUAAAGAUUCUGAUAAGAAAAGAUCUGGGUAUGAACAACCAGUCUCUACAUCAAUACGGCCUCUGACACCCUCCAAGCUACCAGAAACACCUGGGAUCAAGCUCCUUUCAAUACCUUCAUCAGUAUCCUCAUCUAGCUUAACAGGAUUACCAAUGACAUCUAAUCGUGGCAUGGAACGUACACAACAGAAAAGGAUUUUAACUCCCAUGAUGGGUUUGACAGUUAGAAGGCAGGACCACACUCCAGGGCAAGGUUCACAGUCCCAUAGGGUACAAGUCCCUGCUUCUCCAUUAGCCCAAUUUGAGAUGCUACUGAGGGGUACCAAGGAACCUGAAGACCUGACCGCGAAGCUGGAUUCUUCUUAUCCACCAUUAGUGCAUAAGCAGCAUGUCCACACGUCCACACCAGAGGUCAGUAUUUGUCCCACAUCUUCAUUCUCAGACCAGGUGCCUUUCCAUGGUGCUUCUCCAACCACUGCUCCUCUCCACCAAGCAUCCAAUGUUUCAAAACUAACAGAGGACCAAGACAAAAUCUAUCAGACACAAGAGAUCUACCCAACGGCUUCAGGAUUAUUAGAUAAAAUUUCAAAAUCUCAUGCUGAAUCUGAAAGGUCUGUAGCAUCAAUGAAAGAGACUUCAUCUGGAUUAGAGAAACUCAGGUCUGGAACUCAUACAGAGGAAAAAAUUGCUACAGAUGAUUCAUAUGCUGCUGUCACUCUAAGUGAUGCAGCAAAAGGUCAAAAUGGUACUAGAGCAAUGUCACCAAAGUAUUUUGAAGGAGCUAAAGUUUCAGGUUACAGUACUAAGGAUGAGCCCACAGAAUAUCACAACAAUCCAGGAGUGGAACCUACUCACCUCACCUUUACAAGCUCAUCUGGUCUGGCAGCACCUGGACUUAACACUCUUGAUGUUAUUGCUGCUUUCAAGCCUUUAAUUUACAGGGAAGGAGAGAGAACUAUGUCUAUCAUCACUGCCGGCUAUGAUGAAAGCAGUCGACGAGAGAUUUCUUCAGCAGAGAUACGGAGGGAAUCGCAACCAGGGAGCAAUUUUUUGACAACGUCGACCUCAAAGACCUCUAAACCUUGCUGCCUGGGGUCAGGCCGGCCUACAGAUGAGCCGACAGGCGUAAAACUGCUGCAUUUCAUCCAGGAUGCAGUCAGCGACCACAGUACUGUUACUGCCACCAGCUCAAAAUUUGUCACUUCACAGCCCAGUUUGUCCACAAACCCCAUGGACCAAGGUGACAAUAGCCCUCGUGCAGAUUUUGAUGCUGGAUACAGGCAAGAAUAUGAGAGUUCUACCAGUGUUUGGCUUGAUACUCAGACAUCUCUGACUGGGAGCCACCAGGAGAACAAAACAAGGACCUUUCCUGAUCGAAGACCUUAUGCCAUCCCUGGCAGCACCCAGCAGAGUUUGCCUCCUGGUGGGUCACAUGAUCUCAGGCAGGUCAGUGGAGCCGUCUCACUUUGGCUCCACAGACAGAGGACAACAUGUCCUUACCCUCCACUACCAGCCCACGGAACCUUCUACUUCCGCACGUUGGAAAACCCAGCUCCUCUGCAGUACAAACACUUUGUACAGUAUGCCUGCUAUCCUGGAUACACACUAGCCCAUGGAGACAUUUACAGCUACUGUUUGCAGGGAGGCAGGUGGAGUGGGGUUACACCACUUUGCAUAGAGGAGACCCCCUGCUCUCUCAACAAUGGCGGCUGCUCCCAGGUCUGUAAUGUGGACUCUCAGGAGCGGGCCCAAUGUCGCUGCCGAUCGGGCUUUCAGCUCCUGGAGGACCGCAGAACCUGCAGAGACAUAGACGAAUGCACAGAGGCAACACAUGACUGCCAGCAGACCUGCCUCAACACUUUCGGCUCGUUCGAGUGCCGCUGCGGCCCGGGGUUCCUGCUCUCUAGGGAUGGCAGGACCUGCGAUGAUAGGAACGAGUGUGCGGUGGGCAACGGCGGCUGUGCCCACCGCUGUGCCAACACUGCCGGCACCUUCCGCUGCUUCUGCAGGGCCGGAUUCCAGCUUGCACAUGACCUGGCCGCUUGUCAAGAUAUAGAUGAGUGCCUGCUGCCCCUGAGUGUAGCCAGCUGCUUGUUUGGCUGCAUCAACAUAGAAGGAAGCUACCGAUGCCAUUGCCCCGAGGGGUACCGUCUGGCUGCAGACGGUCACUGCAUAGAUAUCGACGAGUGUGCCGAGAGCAGCGGGAGGGGCCUGUGCGCAAUGGAGUGCCGCAACAUGCCCGGAUCCUUCCGCUGCUCCUGCGCCUACGGCUACGUGCUGGCAGGCGAUGGGCGCUCCUGUGUUGCCGAGUGUCCUGCCGGGUACCGCAAAAACCGUGAUGGCAACACAGGCAUGGGACGCUGCACUGACAUCGACGAGUGCCAGGAGGUUGGCUUGGCUCAGCGCAGGUGCGAGUGGAAGUGUGUGAACCUCCCAGGAUCCCACCGCUGCAUCUGCCCGCGCGGUUACAGGCUGGACCCUGACGGACAUCAGUGCAAAGAUAUCAAUGAGUGCCAGUCUGGGAACGGAGGGUGUUCUCACGCCUGCAUAAACUAUAAAGGCGGAUACAAGUGUGUCUGUCCAGAAUCCCACCGCUUUGCCUCCUUCAGCAGAAAAAAGUGCCGGUCCAUCCAUUAGCAUGUUCCAUAGUAUGUAUGAUUUUAUACAUGAUUUUAUUCAUUGUCAGCUCACCCUGAUUUCCUGAGCCAUCGGCAGAUGGCACCCUGCUGCUGAACCACAGGUUCCCUCUUAAGACAUCUGCCAAAAAAAGAAGGAAAAGUCCAAAAAUACAAACCUCAUGACCUGUAACAGAAGCGCUUUCUGAAAACAAAGUAUUAAUUUUUUUACCGUGGUCUAUAUUUAUGCUUCAAAGGCUGUGUUGCUUAGUAACGCCCUGGUCACAGAAGUAAAGAUUGAAAAGCCAGGUAGACUUUUUUUUUUUUCCCCAUAGAUGUUCUUGCUGUCUGCAAAACUCCUGCUGUAAAUAUGUUAGCGAAGAAUGUUCACUUCCAAAUGUGUGUAGUCGUCACAAAUAAUUGUAACAAAUACCAGUAAUACUUCAGCAACUGAAUACAUUUAUUACACUUUUAUACAUUUUGAAUAGAAUAAUGCAACAUAAUAGCUUUUUCAGAAUAUUUAUCUGUAUUAAGAGAGAUAUGAACUGCUUCAGCAUGUCAGCCAAUAGAAUCCAUACUAGACUUUACUUACAAAGGUUAGGAUUUUGUCAUUUUUGUCUAUGUAAUUAAACCCAGAAGAUGGAAAAGUUAACCGUGUUCAACCCUGUUAACCGUUUGCUCGGAUGAUCUCUUUGUAAACAACUGAACCGGCACUUCUGAGCACCGGCAGCGAGCCCUCGGUCAUUUAUUAACGGUCAACAGCACAUUACUGCUCUCAAAGGACACACAGCCAUGCAGUUUUACCCUUUGCCAAAGCUGAGCUGUACAGAUAAAUACUUAAUUUGAACCGCACUGCCUUGAUGCGCAUUAUCAUUUUUAACGUCCAACACCAAGCAGAAUAUCAUAGGAGUGGAGGCAAUCCAGUACCUGCCACUACUCAGGGUGGUUCGAAACCCAAAAGCACCCAUGUGGUACUCGACGGUGAAGCGUACAACGGAUCACGUGUUGCUCUGCCCCAGAAAACAAAAUGCAUUUUUUGAGCACGGAGAUGGGAAAGAUGUUUUUAUUUCCAGGACAAACUAGGAAGCAUACACAGACAUGGUAAAUGGAUAAAUAAUACAGUAAAACUGACAAUAACCAAACCCGUGAAGACGAGAGCGAGCAUGUUCCUCGGCAUAAUGCAAUAUGUAUCACAAACGCACAGCUUGGUCUGUUCAAACACAGGUGAUCGCUGGUCAUGUGCUGUGGUACAAGCGACUUAAUUAUACAUGCAGAGAAUGUAUUUUCCUCAGUUAUGUGCCCUGAUGGGGGAUGAUGGUAGUGUAACAAAGACUCAUUCAAGACAUCUAUUGCAAAUGUUGACAAAUGCAGGAAUUGGAGCUUCAAGCUGAUUUAAAAAUGAAAACAGAAUUAACACAAAAGAAUGGGGGGGGGGGGGGGGGGAACUGCAUUCCUCCACAAAAAAAAGGGAAUUUGUCAGUCCUCUGGUGUUACCCCUCAUAAACAUUAAAAAAAAAAA